ACCACCACCCAUCAGAACAUCGUCUGUCCCUGCGACCGGACUCCGCCGAUCCAUCAUCGAUAAGCUUAUUCUUUGAAAAGAAUUCAUUCUCCGUUUCCGGAAAAUCGUCCAUCAUGCCGGGUGGAAAAGGCAAAACUGGUGGCAAGACGGGCGGAAAGGCCGACUCGAACUCCAAGACACCCAAAUCUCACUCCGCAAAAGCUGGUCUUCAGUUCCCAUGCGGUCGUAUCAAGCGUCACCUGCGCAACAUCACGCGUCAGAAGACCCGCAUCGGCGCCAAGGCGGCCAUCUACCUCACCGCGGUCCUCGAGUACCUCACGGCCGAAGUGCUUGAGCUGGCAGGCAACGCGGCCAAGGAUCUCAAGGUCAAGCGCAUCACGCCGCGCCACCUGCAGCUCGCCAUCCGCGGCGACGAGGAGCUCGACACCCUCAUCCGCGCCACCAUUGCAUUCGGUGGUGUUCUUCCGCACAUCAACCGCGCCCUGCUGCUCAAGGUCGAGCAGAGGAAGAAGACCAAGGCGGUGGACGCGUAA